AUGGACAAGGCCUUCUCCCAGAUGAGGAAGUUGGCCCUGGGCACAUCCCUGUCGGAAAAGGACAUCGAGCUGCUGCCCACGGAUAUGAGACACCACGGGUCCUUCAACUACCUCAAGUUCUUCAAGUACAUGCGGAGGUUCCAGGCCUCGGGGCAGCUGGAGGCUGUCAUCCGAAAGACCUUCCAGAUGCUGGACAAGGACAACAGCGGCUUCAUCGAGUGGAACGAGAUCAAGUACACCCUGUCCACCAUCCUGAGCAGUGUGCCAGCCACCCCGCUGAUGGAUGAGGAGGCGGAGGCCAUGAUCCAGGCGACUGACAUGGAUGGGGACAGGAGGAUCAACUUUGAAGAAUUUUCUGACUUGAUCAAAAAGGAGAAAAUUCCCAAGAAGUAG